AUGCCGCCGCCGCCUUUAAAUGCUCGGGCUUGGCGUCGCCGCUGGUGCGGCGGCGGCGGGGGCGGCGGCGGCGGCGGCGGGCUGGGCAGGGCUCCGGCUCCUCGGCGCUGGCGGCAGCGGCGGCGGCUGCUGCUCAGGAUGAGGGCUGCCGUCGCUCUGCUCACCAUGCUCGCCAGCCUGCUCCUCUUCCUGUACCUGCUGUGGCUCACCGCCGACGGGCCCCUGAGCUCCAGGGACUGGAAAGGCGAAGCCAAGAAAGCCGUCAACUUUAGCCCCGAAAUGCCCAGGAAGCUGAGUUUCCCUUUUGCACCGACCGCCCUCUCCGCGAACAGCACAAAUCUGGGUAUAAAAAAGCCACUCCACCUGCCACCAGAAUGCAAAAACCUACAAGACACCCUUUGGUCUUCAUUUAUGAAAAAGAAAAGGUAUUCGGAAGAUUAUUACCUUGAAAUUAUCACAAAUGUACAGAACUGCAGAUGGCAACGGCAACCUGAAGAGUAUAAGAAAUUUAGGUCAAAACUUGCCUCUUGCUGUGAUGCCACGCACAACCUUGUCAUUUCUCAAAAUAACACUCCACUUGGGAGUAACAUGAGUUAUGAAGCAGAGAGGGCCAGCUUCCCUAUUGAAAAGGGCAUUUUUCGAAUGCUGCCAGUGUCACAACCAUUUGUGGGACGUCCCUUUAAUCAAUGUGCAGUGGUUGGAAAUGGGGGAAUCCUGAGGAACUCUAUAUGUGGAGCUGAAAUAGAUAAAUCUGACUUUGUUUUUAGAUGUAAUCUCCCCCCAAUCACAGGAAAUAUUAGCAGAGACGUUGGCAAUAAAACCAAUCUGGUCACUGUUAAUCCCAGCAUCAUUGGACGGAAGUAUGGUGAAUUAAAUGUAAAUAAAUCAGCGUUUCUGAACAGCAUCGCAACCUAUGGAGAGGCAUUCCUUAUCCUGCCAGCAUUUUCCUUUAGAAGAAAUACUGAUGUCUCUUUUGAAGUGUACCACACACUCCACGGCUUUAAAGCCAAACAGAAGGCUAUAUUUUUUCAUCCCAAGUACCUGAAAAGUCUUGCCCAGUUCUGGAGAACUAAAGGUGUGAACGCAUUUCGUUUGUCCUCUGGCUUAAUGAUCACAAGUGCUGCCAUUGAACUAUGUGAGAAUGUGAAGUUGUAUGGAUUUUGGCCUUUCUCCAAGACCACAAAUGACACCCCCAUCAGCCAUCACUACUAUGACAAUGAAUUACCGAAACCUGGUUUCCAUGCAAUGCCCAUAGAAUAUAGAGAAAUUCUCCAGCUUCAUGGGAAAGGUGUCCUCAAGCUACAAUUUAGUAAAUGUGAAGCAGCUUAAGCAAGGUGGUGACUUCCAUGGGAAGACUUUCUGUAUGUUUCAACACUAGUGGUUUGACUUGAUGUUUUUGUGAACUCUAAGCUGCACUGCACCAAGAUAUGAUCUGCAUUUGAUUAGCUACACAAAUGAGUUUGGACAUUCUUCAAAAUACACAAGUAGUACCUUCCCUGAGGAGUUAACUGUGUUAUCUCAUGGGCAAAGCAUUAUUAUCAUCAGAUGUUUGUUGAGACCAUACUAUGUUGUGUCCAGCACUCUGCUAGACCUUAGGAACGCUAAGAAGUCCAAGGCAGUCUGUGCUCUUGGGCAGUUUAUUGUCUAUGUGAAGUGGCAUAAAGUUGAAUUUUUCAUGUUUGAAUGUUUUAUUAAAAUGAAAUCAUCUCUUUUGAAUAGUAAAAGUUCAAGUCCUUGAAGAAAAGAUGGAUGGUUAUAUCAGCUAUUAGGCCAACUUGGAAGCCACAGAGAGAAAAGGCCUGUGUUUGUAUUGGGACAUUAAAUGCCUUUUGGUUUGAA